AUGACUCGUCUAGUUUGCAUGGAAAGUGAGCGGAAGAGCGACAGCACACCGAAACACCAACAACAGUUCGUGGAUCUCACCGACAGUUCCUUGCCUCAACCCAUGUCCACCUCCGCUCCAUAUUUCCUCCCUCCUCGCUCCUUGUCGUCAUCGCCAUCUCCCAGACCACGUCGCCGAGCAUCACAAGGCUCCAUCUCUGCCCAACGAGUGCACUCUCCCUUGUCUCGCUUCCUGACGCCAAAGGAGAAGACCGCUCUUCACAUUGCUUCUUUCAUCACACCUCGAGCGUCUUCUCCAUUUGCCUCGUCAAAAAUUCCAAUGACUGUCGAUACUACCGUCUCACGGGAAACCCUACAAUCCGAACACCCUCAUUCACUUCCCUUAACCCCUCCAGCAGACGACGAAGACGAUGAGCACGUUCGCUGGGUCGAUGAUUCCAUGGAGCUGGCGAUAAAUAAGGAGCUGAAACCGCAGGUAACCAUUGACGAGAGUCGGGUUCGACACAGCGCCUCCCCGGCACAACGACAAAGAGACAGUAGAUUGUCUUUCGGUGCACUAUCGGUUCGACGUUCUUCGAGUGACGACGAUGUGAACAUGACAGACCAAGAUAUGCACGAUCACCCGCCUCCAGAGAAUUGGCUUGAUAAUGGCAUCAAAACUGCCCUCUCGUCUGUUUUUGACUCGAAUAAAUGUCCCGAUGCAGUGCGGCUUGUUUCUCAGACUCUACCAUAUCCUCGAGCACCGGAACGAAAUGUACAGUUACCGACACAGAGUACCGUGUUUGGAUCAAUCAUCGAAAACAUACAAGAUCGUCUCAGUCCUGAAGGGCCUCCAUAUAUCCAUGUUGUUCACGCGGUUCCGGAAGAUUUCAGUCUAUCCAACCUGCCGACUUCUCCUCCCAGCACCCCAGGACGUUUGAUGCAAAUGGGUGACUAUUUCGACGCAACUGUAUUUUCCAGUGCAAGUACAGUGCCGGUAUACCACGAUGUGCAUGGUGGGGUCCGCCCCGUCAGCUGGCCGCAUCCUAUUGUUCCGCCUUAUAGUAUUCACAUGUCCGUUUUGGAACGAUAUAUACCACCCUCAACGCAGCACGAGCACCGGGAUAUGUUCACACCUGGUCGUCCUUCUGUACUGACGGAUCGUCUUCUCGAGCUCUCACCUCUUGGUGGAUGUCUUUUGUUUAUUUAUCCUACCAGAAUGGGCGCCAGCACUUUCAAGAGCCAAUAUCUCGGCCCCAUUUUGGAUCCUCUAUUGCGGCAGUUGGUGGUCGUCAAUGGAUUUUCUGCAGACGUGAGUCGUGAUCUGGGUCGAUUAGACGCGGUUAACUAUAUGGACGACUUCGACACGAUGAAGCUGAAUGUGGAAGACUUGUGUCGGAAAGUCAGCAACCAUAAGACCAAAUUUACAGUAGUCGAAGCUGGAAAAGGUCGUGCUCCGCUUGACCGAAAUUUAUGGACGGAAUGGUACAUUCAACAAGAGCGUCCACGGAUGAAGUCGUUGUUGAGUCGAAGUUGGCAGACAUCAGGAGGACGACACACACCGACUCUGAACAGCCCUGAGACCAGUGGGGGGCAACUCAGCUCAGCAAUGCUGUUGAGCGAGAUUAUCGAAGGAAUCAAAAGACGACAAUACGAGACCUCUCCCAAGGGAGACAUCGAGCUCGGCGUUUUUGUGAUUCGUCGAUCAAAUUAA